CCCCCCCCCAGGCUUAAUCAGCCAGUUUUUCGCACCCCCACCCGAACAAAUUCCAUUCCCGGUGGCCCUCUCCGGUCCCACGUUCCCACAGUCAUUCGAUCGUUUCUUGUUUCCCCUCUCUUUCCUCCCCCUGCCUUUCUGUGACUAGCCAUACAUACUUACUUCUUAUUCCUCCGUCAUUUUACUUCGCAAUUGCCAAUCGACCCCUCUCGACUUGUACGCGGUUAAGGCGGCCAUCACCGAAAGAGAGAAUUAUCGCUCCAGAAUCAUAUAUCGGUCGAGUCAUUUUCCCUCAAUCAGCCUCGAGUCUCCCCAGCGGACUAUAGGAACACAAAAACACAAGAAAAGAAGAAAACGGAAAGGAAUAUUGAACACAGAGGUCUCAGAAGCCUCAACGGUACACCAUGGCCGAAUACAAUGGCCGCAGGGCCCCCAACUUCUCCCAAUACCUCGACGAUUUGAACGCCAUCCCGUCGCCAUACGACCAGGCUGUUCAGCAGCAGCAAGGCUCAUACAACCUCGAUGCAGACCUCUCCCUCUUCACCAAUGCCGAGUUCUUUGAUUUUGAUAACUUCGGGGAUUUGAACCUCCCCGGGUUUGACUCGGUGGAGAGCGACAACUUGAAGAAGGAAAACAACCAAGCCACUGGCCAGAACCCAGAUAUGGAAUUCUUGGAUCUUCUCGGUGGCUUUAACAACAUGCCCGAGUACUCAGCUACCGGCUUCAACUCCGUCAAUGCUCAGUCUCAACCUCCAUCUCUGCAAAAUGCGCCGUUCUCGACUGUCCCACAGAUGCCCAACGGGCCCCUUAAUGCUGCCUCCAGCCCGAACGAGUCUAUCUCGACUUCAUCGCCGUCGCCUGCAGGCCAAUCACAGACGCCCGGCCCCGCUCCCGCUUCCGCUACCUCUUCUUCCGCCCCCGGACCGAAGCGUAAGAACACCCAGAAGUCGGCUGCUAUAAGUGUGGAGGAGGCAGCACGGGUUGCGGCAGAGGAGGAUAAGCGUCGGCGUAACACUGCUGCCAGUGCGCGGUUCCGUGUGAAGAAGAAGAUGCGUGAGCAGGCGCUUGAGAAAACGGUCAAGGAGACGACAGAGAAGAAUACUGCGCUCGAAGCCCGUGUCACUGCCUUGGAGCUUGAGAACCAGUGGUUGAAGAACUUGAUCACGGAGAAGAAUGGGCAAUCAUCUGAGGAAGGCAAAAAGUCAGAAAAUGACAUCGCGGACAUGUUCAAGAAGUUCCUUGCUUCGCAAAAGGCUGAAGGCCAACGGAGUAGUGCUGAGUCAAGGAUCGGUGUGGGCACUGCUUGAGUGGAAUCCAAGUAAAAUUAUGUUGAUUGAAUGGCGUUAUGUCAUUGUGUUUAUGUUCGGGUUUUUACUUCUUGUUCAUACUUAAUUUGGAGCAUUAGGAGACCGGGGAAGGCGUCUCGGAGGUUGGUGGGAGGCAUGAGUGAUGAUUUUUCAACGUUCCUUGAUGGUACAGACUCCACUCCAACGUGGAAAACAAAAAGAUGGAUUGUUUGUUGUUUGGCUUCUCACGUUUUAUAUCCCAGCCUAUAGGUAUUUCAACAUUCUACAAUAGACGACUUUGUGCAAUCUACACGGCUGCAAAGCUUUAAUCAUAUCUACAUCAUCCGCCAUAGACCAUUUCAUAACACUUGUAACCGCGUCCGAUGCAGAAAUCGACUGCUGAAGUUAAAC